CCAACUUAUUGUUGAUAUGUUGAUCGUCCCGGGACUGUUUAUUGGUGCUUAGUAACGAACUUUAAAGUAGCAUCAUAUGGCUACAGGAGUGACUUUGAUACUUCCUACUGUGCUACUUACGAUUGGUUAAUGGAACUGUUGAAUUGUGUGUUUAAUCGACAGUUUUCUGGAAUAUCGUCUAUAAGAAAUUUAUAAUAUAUGAAAUCUGUUUUAUCUCUCCCUUUGAAAGUUAAUUAUGGGAAUAUUAGAUACACUUGCUCGAUGGUUCGGCUUGAAACGGAAAGAGGCUAAUAUUUUAGUCAUCGGUUUGGAUAACAGUGGUAAAAGUACAAUUUUAAACUAUCUUAAACCUUCGGACAUAAGAUCUCAGGAUAUUGUCCCGACUGUUGGUUUUAAUGUGGAACGAUUUCAAACAAAAUCUUUGUCGUUUUCGGCCUUUGAUAUGUCAGGCCAGGGUCGCUAUCGUAGUCUAUGGGAACAUUACUACAAGGAUUGCCAUGGUAUUAUCUUCGUCAUCGAUAGUAGUGACCUCUUAAGAAUGGUUGUGGCCAAAGAUGAACUGGAUCAUUUACUCACACACCAACAUAUCAAGAACCGCCACGUCCCUUUGCUGUUUUAUGCUAAUAAGAUGGAUAUGAGAGAUUCCAUUUCCAAGCUGAAAUGCGUCGAACUGUUAGGAUUAGACCAACUUAAGAUCCGAGCGUGGCAUAUCUGUUCUAGUAACGCACUGACCGGUGAUGGUGUUAGUGAAGGGAUUAGCUGGCUCACCGAACAAAUUAUUGCAGUUAACAAUAACAACAGAAAUUAAACCGAAUAAACUUUCAACAAACUUCCCAACUAUGUCUCAUUGCUUCUCCAGUGAAAUAGUUUCUAAGCUGGUAUGGUAUCUUGAAACCAGCUUCUCUUAGAUUUUUACUUGAACCUCAAACAAAUAUAUAUUCAUUUCUUUUUCACACUUUUCAUGCAGCAUCUUUAUUUUCUGUUUUCUGACGCAGUGUGUGUUGGAGUGUUUCUUUGUGCAUGUUGUUUGUUAUUUACACGUACACGUGCAUGUGCAUAUUAAAAAUUUCAAACUCCACCCACUAAAAUAUUAACAUUUUGUUGAUAAAGAAAACACAGAUAUAUAUAUGGCUCUUUUGUAGAAUUAGAGUUUUAGAAAUGUGCGUGUAUAUAUAUUUGUAUAUAUAAUUAAAGUUAACGGCAAAUUUU